GCAUCCCUGGUAGAAGUGGGGACGGGUGUUCCCCCGGGGCUGAGGUGUGGCUGUGGGUGUGUGAUGGGAUGUAGUGGCCUUCUUCCACAUCUUUCCCAUAACUUCUUAUCUCCCUUGUGUUGGGUCCAUCUUAACAGCCACCACCACUAUCACCAAGUUUGGAAGACUUGCUGCUCCUACCACUCCACUGUUUUCGCUUUGGGUGUGGCAAGGAUGCUGAGCAGAUGGGGGGAAAGGAGGGGUGACUGGAUUUAAACACUUGAACUUCCUCAUGCCCUGUCUUUUGGGGGUCACCAGUUUCAGGAGUUACCUCUAGUUUUCUGUAUGUGGAAAGUGUUAGUAGCUGUGGAAGGGAGCUCCCUGUUCCCUCCUCUUCGUCCUCCCUUUAUGAGAGAUCUAGGUACAGUGAAUCUUUGUUGCCACCCUGUAAGGGGGUACUGGUGGUGUUCCAUGAUGUUUGCUGUUAGUUUCCUGGAGCCAGUUGGUCUGACUCCCAUCAGGAUGUCAGUCCUUGAACUCUGAGGGAGGAGGGUUAUGCUUUCUUCCUUUUUCCCUCCCUCCAGUAAAAACAAGGGCCUAGGAGUCUGAACUUUUACUCUGUAAACAUUUAUCAACCACAUUGUUUGCCACCGGGUUGAAUUUUGGGUGGGGAGCAAACUACUCUCUGUGCCUGCUGUCAGGUGUUGCCUCCGGCUGAACAGCAGUCAAUCCUGUGAGCAAAUAAUGAAAGAAGGACAAGAGCUAAUACCCUAACUGCUGGUAGCCUGCCACAGGAGAGCCAUACAUUACCUGAGGUGGAGAGUCCUACAGAGAGAGGUCACAGAUCUGAGAGGGAGAGUCUGCCAGGGAGAGCCCCUGGGGCUUUACUGAGGUGAUCCUGCCGACAUGGCUGUCCUCCACGAAGGUCUCUUCGCUCAUUGAGAGAAUCUCCGACCCCAAGGACUUGAAGAAACUUCUCAGGACCCGAAAUAAUGUGCUCGUGCUUUACUCAGAAUCUGAGGUGGCAGCUGAAAGUCAUCUCAAGCUACUGUCCACUGUGGCCCAGGCAGUGAAAGGACAAGGCACCAUCUGCUGGGUGGACUGUGGUGAUGCAGAGAGUAGAAAAUUGUGCAAGAAGAUGAAAGUUGACCUCAGCCCAAAGGACAAAAAGAUCGAAUUAUUCCAUUACCAGGAUGGUGCGUUUCACAUGCAAUAUGACCGAGCUGUGACGCUGAAGUCUAUAGUGGCCUUUCUGAAGGACCCAAAAGGUCCCCCACUGUGGGAAGAAGACCCUGGAGCCAAAGAUGUCGUGCACAUUGACAGUGAGAAGGACUUCAGGCGGCUCCUAAAGAAAGAAGAGAAACCUCUCCUCAUGAUGUUCUACGCUCCCUGGUGCAGCAUGUGCAAGAGGAUCAUGCCACAUUUCCAGAAGGCUGCCACCCAAGUGCGAGGCCACACUGUACUGGCUGGGAUGAAUGUCUACCCCCCAGAGUUCGAGAACAUCAAGGAGGAGUACAAUGUGCGUGGCUACCCCACCAUCUGCUAUUUUGAGAAGGGACGGUUUCUGUUCCAGUACGAGAAUUAUGGGUCCACGGCUGAGGACAUCGUGGAGUGGUUGAAGAAUCCACAGCCGCCACAGCCCCAGGUCCCCGAGACUCCCUGGGCAGAUGAGGGCGGCUCCGUUUAUCACCUGACCGAUGAAGACUUUGACCAGUUUGUGAAGGAGCACUCCUCUGUCCUCGUCAUGUUCCACGCCCCAUGGUGUGGACACUGUAAGAAAAUGAAGCCGGAGUUUGAGAGCGCGGCCGAAGUCCUCCACGGAGAUGCUGAGAGCUCUGGUGUCCUUGCAGCUGUCGAUGCCACCAUCAACGAGGCCCUGGCAGAAAGGUUUCACAUCUCAGCGUUUCCUACUCUGAAGUAUUUUAAGAAUGGCGAGCAGCAAGCGGUGCCUGCGCUCAGAACAAAGAAGAAGUUUAUUGAGUGGAUGCAGAACCCUGAGGCUCCCCCGCCUCCAGAGCCCACGUGGGAAGAGCAGCAGACGAGCGUGUUACAUCUGGUGGGGGAUAACUUCCGGGAGACCCUGAAGAAGAAGAAACACACCUUGGUCAUGUUCUAUGCCCCUUGGUGCCCACACUGUAAGAAGGUCAUCCCUCACUUCACCGCCACAGCCGACGCCUUCAAAGAUGACCGGAAGAUUGCCUGUGCUGCUGUCGACUGUGUCAAGGACAAGAACCAAGACCUGUGUCAGCAGGAGUCCGUGAAGGCCUACCCCACCUUCCACUAUUACCACUAUGGGAAGCUUGUAGAAAAGUAUGAGAGUGACCGCACGGAAUUGGGAUUUACCAGUUUCAUCCGAACCCUCCGGGAGGGAGACCUCAAGAGACUAGAAAAAAGGAGGGAGGACCUGUAAUCCCGCUCCUACAAGAGAGCCCUUCCUUUACACUGUGAAUGAUACCUAUUUUGUUCUUUCUGAAUUUCCAUGUGUGCUAAAGACAAAGUUUUUUAUAGCCACCUAUGGCCUUUUGUACAAUUUUGAAAUAAAAUUAAACGAUUUA